AUGGAUGUGCGCGAGGCUAUACAGCAGGAGGCUGGCGCAGAGACUGGGUUCGCUAGUGUGACGUUCAAUCAGGAUGAGAGUUGUUUUAGUUGUGCCAAUGAGCAAGGGUUUCUGGUGUACAACACGUUUCCCUUGUCGCUGAAGCUGACGAAGGAGUUCAAACAGACGCCUGAGCGCGGAGCUGGGAUCGGGUACUCACAGAUGCUGUACAGAACCAACUACAUUGCGUUGGUAGGCGGCGGACAGCGGCCGAGGUACUCGCUGAACAGGGUGGUGAUAUGGGAUGAUCUCCAACAGAAGGAGAGCUUUUCGCUCAAGUUCAUGUCAAUUGUACGUAAGGUGGUUCUCUCCCGUGUGCAUCUUGUAGUGGCGUUGGAGAAUGAGCUGUUCAUCUAUAGUUUCCACUCGACGCCGAAGUUGCUCUGCCCGCCCAUCAAGACAGCUCCUUUCGGGCCAUUCGAUUUCAAAGUAGUCACUAUAGAGGGGAAAGCAACGGACCAGGCCAAGGUAACAAGCCUACUUGCGUAUCCUUCGGCCAAGCUGACUGGGCAGUUGCAUGUAGCUGAUCUCUCUAAGCUGAGGAGCAAUCAGAAUAAUAACCAGGACAUGGCACUGACCUCGGAAAGUUUCCUACCCACAACUAUUAUAAAAGCACACAAAGCACCUAUACGAAAUGUAAGAAUCAAUAACCAAGGAACCAUGGUUGCUACUGCAUCGAGAAAAGGUACUCUGAUUAGAAUCUUCAGCACUCAUAAUGGUAUCCUGUUGAAAGAAUUCAGAAGAGGAUUGGAUAGAGCAGAAAUAUACGACAUGUGCUUCAGCCCACUGGGGACACGACUGGCUGUUGUCUCAGACAAGCAAACUCUGCAUGUUUUUCAAAUAGCUCCGAUGGCAGAAGGGACACUGAAUCCUGCGAAUCCUGAAGAUCACCAAUCCAGCGGUAGCAACGGUCAUAUUAAGGCUAACACUAACCAAGUACAUAGUCUAAGGAACAUAGUUCCAACGUCCUGGAAACCAAAAUACCUGGACUCCGUUUGGUCUAUGUGCAAAGUGCACCUACGAAACCCCAAACUACGAAAUAAUGUUAACGACCUUGCAUUUAAUGAGGAUAGAUGCACCAUCGCUUGGUGUCGACAAAACAGAAGCCAUACCUUUAAGAACGGGAAUCAUUUUAAUGAAAACGAGGAGAACAAAUUGGUAUUGGUAUGGAAAAAUUCAAGAAUCUGGGAGAAGUACGUCAUACUUGAGAAAGAAGCUCCGAAUUCAAAUGAUGGAAUAAAAGGUCCUUCCCCAUUAACGGAAUGGGAAUUGGUAAGAGAAUCAUGGAGAGAACUUUGA